AUGUCUCUGAUCGGGACGGGAAUGGUCGAUCUGGACGGACUGGAGGAGACCAGGAGGAGAGAUGAGAGGAGAAGACGAGAGAAGAUGAAGGAUGAGAAAGGAGAGAGAAGAGAAAAAAAGAGACGACGACGAAAGAUGGAGGACAGGAGGAAAAGAGAAGAUGGAGAUAGAUAUGAAGAUGCGGUGGUGGAUCACUGGACCGCCGUCAACAGCGUCCAAAAGGGAAAUGGCAGCAUCAAAUCAUCCAGAGUCGUCGGAAUCCUGGAGAAGAGGGGAAGGAUUUUCGCAUCAGAUCAAAUUAGAGGGAGUUCCAUCGGAUGGAUCCUAGAGAGGAAUAAUCACAGACUAGUAAAAAUAAUCAGGAAAAUAAAAGAGAAAAUAAAAUAG